AGACCUGAACAUAAACACCACAUGCAACCUCACGGACAGGAAACAUAAAAGCCUGCGUACAUGGAUAGAAGUUUUUAGUAAAAUACUUAAUAUUCUCGUCGUGGUGACGUAAAACGUGAUGCAGCGCUGUCAGUCACUUUGUAUGCUGAUUUAAAGAUGUCGCGGCUCCUCCCGUCUAUCAGCUGUUUGUACAGUGUGUCCUGUCGGCUCUUGUGGAGAGGCUCUCCCAGUGACUCUCCUCUGCUGAGGCCGCUCCCACCUGGACUGACAUGUGUUUUUGCGGCUGGUAAAAAAGACCUGAUAGACCUUCCUGUCCUGAACGAGGACGAGCUUGAUGAGCAGUUCGUGAGAGGAUCUGGACCCGGAGGACAGGCCACCAACAAAACCAGCAACUGUGUGGUGCUGAAGCACAUCCCAACUGGGACUGUUGUAAAGUGCCAUCAAACCAGAUCUGUGGACAUAAAUCGAAAGCGUGCUCGGGAGAUCAUGAGAGAAAAACUUGAUGUUGUAUAUAAAGGAGAACUCAGUGAAGUUCUUGUAAAGAAGAAAGAGUCUGAGCUGAGGAAACAAGAGAAGAGGAGGAAGGCUAAUGAGAAUCUGGAGAGAAAAAGACUGUUUAAAGCAGCGCUGGCUGCAGACUCUAAACCUGGAAAUGACACUGUUUAAAAUGUUUGUGUGGAAUAUUGAAUGAAUACUUGAAAUGUUCUGUACUUUAUGCCAACAACGACUGAAUAACAAAAAUUGGAAAGGUACUGUCAACAGCCCUAAAUCCAAUUAGCUUAGCAUUGCAAUACACAAAACAUCACAUAGUUUAAUACAAGACAGGGAGAUUUGGGAAAAAAAUGAGAAAAUAAAUAAAAUAUAGUCAAAAAUG